AUGGUGAGAGAGAGAUUGACAAAAGAAGACGAGGAAAACAUCGACAUAAUUCUGAAUCCAUACCCCUUAGCCACAGAAAACACUCUGAAUGAAAUAGAUGCCUCCAACGACCCAGAAGUCCGUAACAAACUUGUGGGUGAUCUUUCUGUCAUCUUGUCCAACUAUGCUGCAGUCUUGAAUCCAAAAGUCCAGGAGAAGUUUCCAAAGCUCGUUAGCCUGCUGAGAGAUAAGGAAAUAUACAACUCCGGUGCUUUUAUGCUAUCUGACGCAUGUAGGCAUAUAGAAGAUGUUCAAAAUGCAUUCAGAGCCCUCGGGGUUUUCGAGCUUCUGGAUUUCGCCAUAGACCAUUAUAAGGCAACCACAUCUUUGGUGUAUUCCUUGUGCAUGGAGAAUAAAAGUAACACGGAACAUUUCCUUGAGAAAUAUUACAACAAGGAGCGAGAUGAAGACAAUGCAUUAAUACAGAGCGUUAGGGAUCAGUCUUUCUGA